AAACUUAUUAAAUAGAUGGAGUUAGAAGUUGGCGAGGAGACUAUUUACUCGCUCCCAAUGGACGAGACAUAUUUCUGCUGCGAAGAAUGUGGAACUAUUUUUGAAACUUUAGAACACAUUAGAUACCACAUUGAAAAGGAGCACAAGAUUGGCGAAGUGAUAGUGGGAUCUCAAGUAGAUAUCAGUUCAGAUGCCUUAUACUAUUCGAUGGAGUCCGAUCAGAGUGCAAUUCCUCUUCCCUCUUCCAAAAUAUCAGAUCUUGCCAAUGUAUACAGGGAGUAUCAGAGCUGUGUCGGAAAUGAUGAUUCCUCGCUGGUAAAAACAAACAUUGGCGAUCGGAGAACUCAGCCAAUUGCAACUGAACAAUGCAUUUCAGUUGUUGCCCUGCCCGUGCAAUCUCUUCCUGUAAUCCAAAGCACAGAUAUCGAAGAAGUGGUCUCAUCGAUUGCGGCCAAUACAAUGAAUGGACACGAUGGGUCGUCGAUUACUCAAAGAGGCGGCACUACUAGUGUAGAGGAAAUAGUGAACUCUUCAAGAUGUACAGACACUCAGAUGAGUUGUCUAAACGAACGCGAUGCAGAACUCCGCCAUAAGUGUCCAGAUUGUCGUCACUCAUUCAGCGAUGAAAUGGAACUGAAGCGACAUUGUGAGGGUGAGCACGGAGUGAGCUACUUGAUCUGCCAGCUGUGUGGCAAAUGUUUCUCCUCUUUCGAGCUACUCACCACACAUUUGGUCUCCUUUCACAGAAAAAGGGAUAAGACAUGGUCUAAAAGAGAAAUCAUGAGCUCUGGCCUGGCGAAAGAGGCGAAAAUGUUUCCUUGUUCGAAAUGUGGCAAUCUAUGUGCCUCCAAACAGCAAUUGCAACAGCAUUCCAAUUGUCACUCUGAAGAAUCUGAGGAACAGAUUACAUCUGCCAAUGGAGUUUCGCAGGCGAGAACUAAGCCACAGCUGUUCCUAUGCAAUCUCUGCAUUCCAAGAGUGCGAGAGUUCUCGAACCGAACUUCUCUUAACCGACACAUGCAAACAAUUCACUCGGUCACUGAGGAGUCCCAAAGCAAAUUGCAACCCAAUUCGAAUGCUGCCGUGGUAGCUCAGGGAUUCACAGUCUCGGAAGGACUGGAAUUGAAUUCGGCCUCGUGUCUCAAUGAGUCAAUGACGGAGUGUGUUGCCUCGUUGUCCAAUCCGAAUGGAGAAGAGGACGAGAGGACAUCAGUCAUCUCAGAUUCAGACAGCCAUUUUCUACUCAAUAGUCUCAUUGUGAAGAGUUCGCCAACUCAUUAUAGUUGUGCUGCGUGCCUUAAACGCUUCCAAGAUUUAGCAAUUCUCAGGAAACAUAUUACAAACAAACAUUUGGGUGGGUCAAAUAUACGAGCAGACACUGAUGAUCAAAGACCAACUACCUCUUCCUACUCCAAUGUAGUCUAUCUCGACAACAGCGUCGCCAGCUUUCAGCAAUCGCAACUGCGCACUACCUCCAGUUUAAUUUUUGACGGCUCAUCGGUACUUAGCAGCACAGCGCCUCGCGCUGAAGCUAUACCCACUCAGUAUCCGCCAUCCAGUGAACCAGUGGGAUCAAGCUUAUGCGAUGGUAGCCAUGCGGGCAAUGGAUUAAGUAGUGGCGUUGUUAGCUGGUCCAAUGUAGAUGCAGCUCAGUUUAGUUUACAGUUUGAUGACAAUAAUCAGCUUUACUUGCAAGGCGAUGAGGCAGGUUUGCGAGAAGUGAUUACAACAGAUACUGAUUUCAUGGAAGUUGGCCAGGAGGUAGUUUUGAGUAGUGAUUCAUACAAUGAGGGACUCCAUGCUAGUUCCUCGCCGCUCGUAAACACUGAGCAGUUUAACCACUCUGCUACAACUGGAAGUUUCCUUCCGCAGACCUACUCUCAAAGAGAUGACUCAAUGCACAUGCUAACAGAUGGUCAAGCAUCACUGGCAGCGUCUCGCAAAACCAAAAGAUACCAGUGCCCUGACUGUGGCGAGGCCUUCAAGAAGUUCGUACGUCUGCAGUCUCAUAUUCAGAUCAAGCACCCUCACAUGUUUGCAGCAUUUGAGGAAAGCACAGCUCGAAUUCUGAAUGAGGGUCAGUCUGAAAGUGUGCUCCAGGGGGGAACUUCAGGAGUGGAUAGCCUGGAACCUCUCUCUGAUGCCAUAAUUGACGAGAACGGGCUGCAUGCUGGGGAGUUUUAUCAAAUGGAAGUGAUAUCAAGUGGUCAGUUGGGACAGACUGUGUUGAAGGGGCAGGGUGGGAUGGGGGAGGGACUGUCUAUGAACAGUUCAGGGAGGCAGAUAGGCGUAGGCGUGGGCAUGGGACCAUCGAGGAAGGACGUGAAUAACUUCGCAGUGUCAAGUGAAAGACCCUAUCUGUGCCAGGAGUGUGGUAAGGCAUACAAGAUGAGGUCGCACUUGUCGCAGCAUAUCCGCUACCACACUGGCGAGAAGCCGUUCAAGUGCGACAUUUGUGGCCAGAACUUCCACCUGUCGGGAGACAGAAACAGGCACGUGAUCAAAAUGCACUCCGACUACAGACCGCACAAAUGUCUCUACUGUCCAAAGGGAUUCGUGGAUCGCUAUGCCUUGAACAACCACAUGAAGUUUCACAUGGCACAACAUGCUCACAAGUGCGAAUAUUGCGAAGAGAAAUUUCCCAGUAAAUCACUCAUGAAGCAGCACAGAGUAUCCCAUUUCUUUUGAGCCGAGGAAUGUUCAACUGAGCUAACUCAAAUUUAAAUUAAACAUUUGAGUUUAUCUGCCAAAUGUUUCCAUAUGUUUAUUUGUCACCUUAGAAAUAAUUUUGUAAUCAUUUAAUUGGUUUAAAAAGUAAAUUAGUUAAAAGAAAAUCUUUGUUGCUGA